GGUCUCGCUUCCUCUUCCCUCUUGCUUCCUGCAUCCUUUACUCCUAUUCUUGCAGACGUUGUUCUAUACCCUUUCUGCCUCUCUCUCCCACUUCCACUUCUACCUUUUCGCCGUCAAGGUUCCCCUCCAACCCACUUCAUGUGUCUCCUUUUUCUUUUCUUGUUGCAUUGUACAUCACCGCACCGCACCGCACUGCACUGCACCGCACUGGAUCGUGCACUCUCAAAUCAAUCAAUAGCAAUGGUACUGCUUAGCACUUGGCACUUAGCGCAAAGCAUGAGGCACGAAGCAGGAAGCAGGGGAGGCAUCGAAUUCGCGUGGCAGAUCAGCUCACUGUUUGUUACGCCCUCCAUGGAGCACGCCUCUUCCCUCCCCUCCCUCAAUCUCCCUCUGUCUCGGCACCAUGCGUCUUGUUUCCUGAAACGUGAAAGACUCCUCCAUGCACCCUCGGACCCUCCAUUGUCCGUCCUACCUCCAGCCUCCAGCCUCCAGUACUCAGUGCUCAGUACUCUGUGCUCAGUGCUCGGAAAAUGCGAGGGAUUCGAAAUUUCAAGGACGGAAGUUCCGGUAGACUAGUAGGAUGUAUGAAGGUGACCAGGUCCUCUGUCUGACUUUCUCGCCUCGCGCCUUUCA